AUGAGGCUGGGAAUGAAUGGCAACUGGACUCCGACCGAGCAGCGCCUCGACCCUCUUCGAAUCCCGACCCGGGGCUCUUGCACAGCGCUUUUUCAGCCCUUUCCCCCCCUCCCCCUCGUCCCAACAUCCGCGUCCUGCGCUGCGACCGAAGUUUUGCCGGUGUUGCCCCGCGCGUCUGCAAACAGGUUGGAAGAAGGAGCCAUCCUCCCCCCUCACCCCUCCCGCCCCCCCUCACCCGUCAUCCGCCGCUUCUCUGAAUUGAUAGAAAGCUCGGCCAAGAUGAUGAUGAUCAUCGUUGCGGAGUUCUUCGUGGUGAUUCUCAAGGUGCUCUGGGCUUUUGUAACAGCCGGGGCGAAGUGGGUGGUGCGGCCCAAGGAGAAGAGCGUGGCGGGACAGGUGUGCGUGAUCACCGGGGCUGGAAGCGGCCUCGGCCGGCUGUUCGCCAAGGAGUUCGCCCGGAGGCGAGCCAUACUGGUCUUAUGGGACAUUAAUAGCCAAAGCAACGAAGAGACGGCCGAGAUGGUGCGGCAGAUAUACCACGAACUGGACACUCCCGUCUACACCUACGUGUGUGACGUGGGGAAGCGGGAGAGUGUGUAUUCCACAGCGGAGAAGGUGCGUCGAGAGGUGGGCGACGUGGACAUACUGAUCAACAACGCUGGAGUCGUCUCAGGCCAUCACCUUCUGGAGUGCCCCGACGAGCUGAUCGAGCGCACCAUGGUGGUCAACUGUCACGCACACUUCUGGACCACCAAGGCGUUUCUCCCCAAGAUGCUGGAGCUGAAUCACGGUCACAUUGUCACUGUUGCCAGCUCCCUGGGUUUAUUCAGCACAGCUGGAGUGGAGGAUUACUGUGCCAGUAAGUUUGGUGCCAUCGGGUUCCACGAAUCUCUGAGCCACGAGAUCAAAGCCUCGGAGAAGGACGGCAUCAGCAUGACUCUGGUGUGCCCGUACCUGGUGGACACGGGGAUGUUCAAAGGCUGUAGGAUAAGGAAAGAGAUCGAGCCCUUUCUGCCUCCACUGAAGCCAGAGUUCUGUGUGAAACAAGCCAUGAGGGCCAUCCUCACAGACCAGCCGAUGAUCUGCACACCCCGCAUUGUCUACAUGGUCAACUUCAUGAAAAGCAUCCUGCCCUUCGAGGCCAUCGUGUGCAUGUACCGGUUCCUCGGGGCUGACAAGUGCAUGUACCCGUUCCUAGCUCAGAGAAAGGAGGCCAUGAACAACAACGAGGCAAAGAACGGGAUCUAGGGGCCGCUGCUUGUAAAACGGGCAUUUAAACUCGCAAGCCUGAGGAAACAACCACUGAGGAUGAAAAAUGGGGAAGAUGAAAGAAAAGACUGAAUCUGGACUGGUGCACUUGCAUUGAGCAAAUGCAAAGGUUUACCAUAUUGUUCCUCUGGAACAAAGAAAGCUGUGUACUACACAAAGGUUAUUUGACUUUUUUGUUGUUUUGUUUAAAGAAACCAACAUCUAUAUAUAUACCGUCACUAGUUUUUGAAAUCAUAAAGAAAAGGUAUCCAGUAAUUAACUAUUUACGUAAUGUAGUCACCAGCCUUAUCUAGUGUCAUUGUGGAAAUAUACAGUAUGUUACUGUACAAACAGUAAUAUUUUUUUCACUUAUUUUUGUAGACAUGCACUGUAUUUUGUUUUUCUAAAGGAAGUUCUGAUUUAAUGUUUUGUUUUUGUUUUCUUUUCUUUUUCCCUACUGUCAGAAUUUUCUGUAUAGGUUUAACACAGCAUUUCAGACUGCCCAAUGUCUCCCCUACAGCUCAGACUUUUUAAUUUAAUACAUUCUUCACACUUUGUAAUUUCCCAUAUUCCAUUUUAAGGCUUAGUUUAGAGACAUGUAGCAUAUUUUCACAUCGAGUUCACUUUCCAAAUGGAAUAUUUAGUGGCCAGACCGUGACUGACCUAAUCUCCGGUCACGGGACUCAAAUGUUUCUCAGUGAGCCGAAGGCUCCCAACUAACCUCAACUGAAAAGUGCACGCGUGUCCUGGGUGGCAAUCGCCCAUUCCAGAUUGAGAAUGUGUUGCUAGAGGAGAAAGUGAGAGGAUAUGUAUUCUUGUUUUUUUCUUUUUUUUUUUUUCUUUGUUUCUCUUAUGUGUCUGUUUUCUAAGAAUUGUGGUGUUAUGUAUUGUAAAUUUACCUGUUACCAAUAUUGUGAGAAAAAAAAGAAGAUAAAAGGGGUGGGAGGUUUAAUUCCAGUUGAAACCUCUGUCCCAUCACUGAUUUGUGGUUUAGGGAAAUUGUAUUAAUGACUUUAGAGGACUCCCCAGCUCCCCAGAGAGAAGAACGGUGUCUCUAGGAGUCCUGUCCUGUGAAAUGUGUAUGUUUAAAUGUUGUGAAUACUCCAAUGUCCCAAAUAAGUGUCCCCCACCACAUUUGAUGAAUCAAUAUUUUCUAUACUUUUCCCCCUCCCUCUUAAGUUUUUGAAUUUCAGCUAAAGUACAUUCCAGUAGGCAUCAUUCCUUCAGUCAGUGAUAAGCCUAAAUUCUCUACCUCUUAAUUGCCUUUAUUUUUAUUUUAUUUUAUUUUAUUUUUUUGCUUUGGACAGUAUAACAUGAGUCUUUUUUUUUUGUUUGUUUUGUUUUUUUUGUAAUAUUCUGAAGACUGCUCCACAGCAGAGCAAAUGUGGUUCCACUGUUUAGUGUCUCUGCCUAACUUAAAUUAAUAAAGUGAUUUAGAUUAUUACA